CUUUGCACAAUCGCCACAAUGGCUGCCGACGAAACUCCCGUCGGAAGGCGACUCAAGGCCAUAAAACAAAUUAUCAUCGUAUGCUCUGGGAAAGGCGGUGUCGGGAAAUCCUCCGUAUCAGCACAGUUAGCUCUCUCGCUAUAUGCCUCUUCGCCAAGUGCCCGUGUAGGAAUCCUCGAUGUCGACCUGACGGGCCCAUCUAUACCGCGGAUGUUGGGCCUUGAUGGUCACGGCGUUCUGCAGAGUAGCGAGGGAUGGGUCCCUGUCUAUGCUGAUGGCAGCGAGGCAAGACUCGGAUGCAUGAGUGUAGGCUUUCUUCUGAAGCGGAAAGAGGACUCUGUCGUCUGGCGAGGACCCAAGAAGAACGCCAUGAUACGCCAAUUCCUGAGUGACGUGCGAUGGGGAGAGCUGGACUAUUUGGUGAUCGACACCCCGCCAGGCACCUCCGAUGAGCAUCUAUCACUCCUCGAGCAUAUGGCCCCUGCACACUCAAGAUUGUCAGCUGUGAUUGUUACGACUCCGCAGGCCGUGGCCCUGAUGGACGCGAUGAAAUGCCUGUCAUUCACCCGGACUGUCAAUCUGCCCGUUCUUGGCUUAAUCGAGAACAUGAGCGGAUACGUCUGCCCAUGUUGCGGAGAAGUCAGCAAUGUGUUUUCAACCGGCGGAGGCGAACAAAUGGCCAAGCAGGAAGGGCUGACGUUCUUGGGAAGCCUACCAGUCGAUACGGAGCUGGUUACGUUGUUAGAUGCGGCGGAAUCGACGCAAGCUGUCCAUGAAUUGCCUCAUGGGACGGAACGGACGUUUCAACUUAUAGAGCAAUACCAGCGUACAUCAUCUUCCAAACUCUUCAAACCCAUAGUGGAUCGUAUCGUGGGUGCACUAUGCGGCCCUGGCGAUGUCGGGGAUGGGACACUAUCGUCCUGAAGGGUCUAUCCAAAGAUUGCGGUGAAUGUAUUCGUAUUUGCGUAUUUGUAGGCAGGACUAAAAGUUGACCCUGUCGUGUAGACUGACUCCUGUAUCGAUACAUCACAGUUCUUCCUGUACAUUACAGCUGUCUACCUCCAGCAAGGAUUGAAGCUCAUGGGUGCCUCGCGUGCGGCGCUGACUACCUACUGUUGGUCACCAAAUCGGCUGGAAUACACGCAAACUGUCCAUCUCGACAUCCGGAUAUAUGCAACGACAAAUUUUCAUCCGCCCCGAACAGCCCG